AUGGAUAGAAUAGUGGAUGCGCAAGCAAUACUCUGCGAAAAUAUAGCCACAAGGCAAUGGCUGCAGAGCAUAGUUAGCCAACUCACACCCUGGAAAAAAGCAUCAUUAAAGAUGGUACAGGAAUCUGAAAAUCCUCAUUCAGAUGUUAUGAUAGCGAGAUUUUUAUGGAGUCAGGACUACUCGACAGAGAAACUCCUCAAACCUGUUGAAAGUCAAAAUGAAGGCCUAAACGUGACGAAAUGGAGGAUCAUCAAGCGUAGGGAUGCUGUGCUUGCAAGAGAACGCCAAUUAUGGAAAAACGCAAAUCUAUCGCAAGCGAACAACGCAUCAUUGUCGUACACAGAUGGUGCGAAGCUAACGGAAGGAGUCGGUCUGAGAAUAACUGGACCAAACUUUAAACUCUCCUUAACUGAGGUUCUGGCCAUAAACAUUUGUGCCCAAGAGAAGCUUAAAAAAGGCCUUUCAAUAGGGCACAUUUACACACUGUCCGACAGCUCCAUAUCAUCGGAGAAAACAGAACAAUCACUAUGCUCCGAAAACUUCUCAUGCAUCCCCCUACGCGACUGCCGAUCACAACAUCACACCAUUUAUUUUCCGUGCCACAGUGGCCUCAAUUUGUACUGCUGCCCCAACGAACAAGUAUUGCAACCGGAAAUAGUAAGCCUUAUUUCCGAAAGGAGCAAUUUUUUUCCAGUAGAAUGCGGUGUUAUUAGUAUAGACGACAAAAUCACAGAGAAAUCAGUAUCCAUUACAGAAUUCUUAUGCGGAGGCACCUUGAUAACGGACAAAUACGUAUUGACCGCAGCCCAUUGUAUCGUAGUUAGUCCAUCUCACACACUAGUUACAGUUCGAAUGGGUGAACACAAUCUAAGAACCGAAAAAGAUUGUUAUACAUUGAAAGAAGUAACAAUAUGUGCAGAUCCCCAUUUGGAUAAAAAGGUUUUGUCGCAUGCUAUCCAUCCAAGUUAUAAUUCUCGUACAUUGAAAAAUGACAUUGCUUUAGUGAAAACUAGAGAGUCUAUAAAAUUUACUGAGUAUAUUCAGCCCAUUUGCUUACCGUUUGAAAGAAGUUUGGAAAAAAGAACUUUGGUUGGUCAAAAAUUUACGAUAAGUGGUUGGGGUAAAACUGAUGCCAGAAAACUUGGUGGGUCAUCGGUAUUGCAAUUUGCUUCAGUGACCGUGUGGAAUUCUAAGUUAUGCAAUGAUGUAAUGCCACCAGAAGUGAAAAAUAUAUCGGAUACGCAGAUAUGUGCCAAUGGUAGAAAGAUGGACGCAUGCAAAGGCGACAGUGGUGGACCAAUGUUCAAUACAACCCUGGACAUCGACGCCAACCUCAGAACAUUUCAAAUAGGAAUCGUAUCAUUUGCUACCACUCUAACUUGCGGAUUAUCUGAAUUACCUCCAAUUUACACGCGUGUGGACCAGUAUUUAGACUGGAUAGUGCAAACUGUUGUAGGGAAGAAAAAUGAUGAUGUUGUAAUUCAUUUUGAAAAUAAAUAGACCUAAGUUGUGAUAAAAUUGAAUUCAGCUUGAUAUUUUUAUCUGGAUAGUUGAAUAAAUACACCAAUAUUAA